GGUGGUAUUAUAUUAACAGCCAGUCAUAAUCCCGGUGGACCGAAAGCUGAUUUUGGAAUAAAAUAUAACUGCGAGAAUGGCGGCCCAGCUCCCGAAAAGAUUACGGAUGCUAUUUAUACACUAAGCCAACUCAUAACAAAAUAUUACAUAUGUCGCGAUUUGCAUGCCGAUUUCACGAAAAUUGGACGAACCGAUUACGAUAUUGAAGGGUACGGCAAAUUCACUGUGGACGUGAUUGAUUCCGUGAAAGAUUAUGUACAACUAAUGGAAGAAAUAUUCGAUUUUUCGAAGAUAAAGGAAUUGCUUGGUGGAAGAGUGAUGGGUCAAUUCAACGUGCUCAUCGAUAGUUUAUACGGAGCAACGGGGCCUUAUAUUGACUCAAUACUUGUCCACAAAUUGGGCGUCGAUCCGAAAUUCACAUCACACACAGUUCCGAAACCAGAUUUUGGCGGCGGUCAUCCGGAUCCGAAUUUAACUUACGCGAAGCAUCUGGUGGAUACGUUGAAAAAGGGCGAACAUGAUUUUGGCGCUGCAUUCGAUGGAGAUGGGAAUGGGUUUUUUGUGACACCCAGCGAUUCGCUUGCUGUUAUUGCAGCUAAUCUAAAUUGCAUCCCAUAUUUUCAAAAACAUGGCAUAAAAGGAUAUGCGAGAAGUAUGCCCACUGCUGGAGCAGUUGAUCGAGUUGCUAAAGAAACUGGCUUGCCGAUGUAUGAAACACCGACUGGAUGGAAAUUUUUUGGGAAUUUGAUGGAUGCUGGCAAAUUAUCGCUUUGUGGUGAGGAAUCGUUUGGCACUGGCUCCGAUCAUAUCAGGGAAAAGGAUGGUAUUUGGGCGAUGCUGGCUUGGUUACAGAUUCUAGCAGAUAAGAAGAAAUCAGUUGAGGAUAUUGUUCGAGAACACUGGUCAAAAUAUGGUCGCAACGUUUUUACACGUUAUGAUUAUGGAAUUGUGAUGCAUCUGGGUUUGCGUAUUUUAUUUGAGGAUGGCAGUCGUGUUGUAUUCCGUCUAAGUGGCACUGGCUCAUCCGGCGCCACUAUACGACUGUAUGUCGACUCAUAUAUUGAAGCUUCUGAUCAGCAGCGACUAUUUCUAAGUUCACAGGAUCUUUUAAAGCCGCUGGUUCUGGUGGCGCUUCAACUAAGUAAAUUGGAACAUUUCACAGGACGUAAUGCACCAACUGUUAUUACUUGA